AUGCGGCGGGCGGGGUUAUUCAGUCGCGCUCGUCGGCCGCGAGCCGCGGGGAUGCGACGAUCCGUCCGCAGGCUCUGCCUGUGCCUCGCGGUGACGCUGUCGCUCUGCGCAGUCAUGAUCUGGGUCCGCGUGGGGCCGCUGGUGAGGAGCUACGGCGAGGAGAUGUUCUACCACCUCAUCGUGCCGGGGUGGGUGCGAUGGCUCCUCGAACCCGCGCCGCUCAUCGUCACGCCGCGCGAGGGAUUCGAACCGACGACGGCAAAUGACGGCGGCGGCGCACUCCCGACCGGGGUGGAGCGGUGGGGCGAUCACCUCAUCACGCGAGUCUCCGCCACCCCAAACGUCACGCUGGUGCACGACUUCAUGACUUCCGAGGAGUGCGCCUUCGUUCGCGCGCUGGGGCGCAAGAUGGGCAUGGUGUCGGGGACGCGGUUUCCCGUCACCAACGGCGUGGUGGACGCGAGCGCGGCCGGGCUGUAUAACUACGUGUACGGGUUGGUCCGAACGAGCGUCGGCGAGUACGUCGAUUACAAGUCUCUGGACGAUGGCGACCUCGCGCGGAUGGUGGCGAUCGCGAAGAAGGUGGAGGCCGUCACGGGACUCGCGGUGGGCAACUCCGAGGCGCCCUUCGUGCAGCACUACGAACCCUCCGCGCGGUUCCGGGCGCACUACGACAUGUACAACGUGGACGUCACCAAGCCGUUUCCGUACCGCGAUAACCCCCGAUCGCUCACUCUCCUGGCGUACCUCAACGACGUCGGCGACGGCGGCGGCGGCGAGACCGAGUUCAUGCUGGCGAAGCCGCGACCCGUUCGAGUCAAAGCCGCGGAGGGCGCCGCGUUGAUCUGGGGUAACUGCGAGCUGGAGGACGUCGCGCCGGUGGACGUCGGGUCAGGGUUUAAGGUAAACCCUAGCGCGGGAGGGGGCGGCGGUCCUAAGUGGGACGAGGGGCGGUGCAUGGGGGGCGCGGGACCGCACGGCGAGGUGGCCAACUCGCCGGGCGCGAUGCCGGGUGAGCGCACGCAGUGGCCGUGCUGCGUAGAUAGGACGCGCGCGAGUUUACACCAGUCGCGGCCGGUGCGGAAGGGACACGAGAAGUGGACGAUGACGAUGUGGAUGCACCAGAGGUUCACGUCGGAGAGCCAGGUAUACGCGGAGGAGCUCGGAUACUCGCGCGAAUUAGCCGAACUAGUAACGUCGUAA